AUGACUGUCGAUCCUACGCUCCAGAAUUGCCGGAUCGGUCGAUGCAUCAUCCGAAAGAUCUCCAGUCUGGAUCUGGAUAGGGCUUCCAGGGGGCCCAACUUGAGAGUGCUGACCGGCAAUGGAAGCGAGACCUGGGGUCGCCUGAUCCGAAGCUGGGAGGUUGGUAUUCAGAAUCAUAACCAAUAA